GAAAUAAGCCAAAAGUGGUCAAGAAAAUUCCCAAACUGCAUCCAAUCAUUUUUCUCUCUCUAAUUUUCCCGCCAUUACACUCUCUCUCUAAGGUGGACGCUGCUACAAGAUUAGGGCAUGGGUGUGGCCAUUAAUCCUCUUUACCUAUAAAUCAAUUCUUUCUCCAGAAUGGACGAUGAUUCUGCAAGAUUGUCGCAUUGAUCGACGUUGUAGCUCCACCGAUUGAUUGUCUCUCGUAAAGCUCAAAUCGUUGGAGGCAUAAGAAAGAAAAAGAAGAAAAUGGGGAUACAGGGGCUUUUGCCUCUGUUGAAAUCGAUCAUGGUUCCAGUUCACAUCAAGGACCUAGAGGGCUGCUGCGUCGCCGUCGACACCUAUUCAUGGCUACACAAAGGCGCCCUAUCUUGCAGCAAAGAUCUCUGCAAAGGCCAACCCACUACCAAGCACAUUGAUUAUUGCAUGCAUAGAGUGAAUUUGCUUCGGCAUUAUGGUGUUAAGCCUAUUCUUGUCUUUGAUGGAGGUCUUCUGCCAAUGAAGAUUGAACAAGAGAACAAGCGUGCCAGGGCAAGGAAGGAAAAUCUUGCACGUGCUAUUGAGCAUGAAUCAAAUGGAAAUUCUGCUGCUGCUUAUGACUGCUAUCAAAAGGCUGUUGAUAUCUCACCUUCCGUUGCAUAUGACCUAAUUCAGGUCUUAAAGCAGGAGAACAUAUUUUAUGUUGUGGCUCCUUAUGAGGCAGAUGCCCAAAUGACCUUUUUGGCAGUCAGCAAGCAGGUUGAUGCAGUUAUAACUGAGGACUCAGACCUAAUAGCAUUUGGUUGUCCCAGGAUCAUCUACAAGAUGGACAAGUUUGGGCAAGGUGUUGAGUUUCAGUAUUCAAAGCUACAACAGAACAAGGAGCUGAAUUUGACAGGAUUCACCAAACAGAUGCUCCUUGAGAUGUGCAUUUUGAGUGGUUGUGACUAUUUGCAGUCUCUGCCUGGAAUGGGCCUGAAAAAGGCUCAUGCACUCAUGAAGAAGUUCAAAAGUUAUGAGAAGGUAAUUAAGCACUUAAAGUACAGUACAGUUGCAGUUUCUCCUAGCUAUGAAGAAUCAUUCAGGAGAGCAAUACUGACUUUCCAGCAUCAACGGGUUUAUGAUCCUACCAUUGAAGAUGUUGUACAUUUAUCUGACCUACCUGAUAAUGUUGGUGAUGAUUUGGACUUCUUAGGCCCAUCAUUAGCCCAACAUAUUGCUAAAGGUAUAGCAAGAGGUGAGCUUGACCCUUUCACUCAAAUGCCAUUUCAGGGAGAGGAUGUUAGUGCUGGGAUGGUGCUUGAUCGAACUUACCGGCUAAAAAGUUUCAAACCUGAAGUGAAAAAUAAAAUGCUGGAUUUGCCUGCACAGAAAAAUCUCCUGACUAACUACUUCUGUUUUGCAUCUCUUGAAGCAAAGAGGAAUUUCAGGGCCCCUCGAGUUACACCUAAGCAUCCAAAUCUAGUGAAUGAAGCUUCUAGUCCUGUGGAACAUUUUAAUGAGGAGAUUACUGCUUGUAAAACAAACUGCUCUCCCGCAUCUACGCUCGACUCUGGAAAUCUGGGCAUUGUCACUCUUACCAAAGGCUCUGUGGAUAAUGAUAUUGCCACAAAAACUCCCAAAUUUUUGGAUUCCUCAAGCCAUGGAUUGCAUGAUGUAAAAGACAUUGUGGGUGACACAAGAAGUCCAAAACAUGCUUUGCUGCAACAAUCCGAGCACUCAAUUCAUAAACCUUGCAUAGCAUUGCAUAAAGAGCAUGAAUGCAAGUCUGCCUCAGAUGCAGGUGAAGGCAAAACCAGAAUGGAAACCAUGAAGGUUAUCGUGAGGAGCUCUUAUUUUCAGCAUAAGUCGGUGAAGGAUGAUCAGGAGAACAGAAAUGAAAUGCUCCUAGUGAAAAAAAACAAUGCCACUAAUACAUGUGAAAAUACCAUUACUGAGCAUGGACGUAAGUCUGUGUCAGAUGCAGGUGAGGGCGAAACUAGAAUACCGAGCAGAAAGGCUGUUGUGAGGAGUUCUUAUUUUCAGCAUAAAUCAGUAAAGGAGAAUGACCAGGACAGUGAAAACAAAAAGCUCCCUGUCAAGUAUGAUGCUGUCACUGAUACAUUUGAGAAUACUAUUCCUGAGAGUGCUGCUUUUGGAGAGAACUAUGUUAGAGGCACAAUCACGAAAAGGAAGAUUGCCUCUAUCGACAGCGUCCAAACAGAGAAUGUGAAGUCUAAGUACAUACGGGCAGAUACAUCUCUUUCAAUUCCAGGUAACCGCAUUCUUAAUCUGGACGAAGCUGCUUCGGAGAGGAACACUGAAGAAGGGAAGUUUGGAUGUAACAUCUCCCAUUUAAGCCAAUAUUCUGAUAUAGCAGAGAGAUCAAUUGAAAAUUUUGUUUCAGUAAUAUCAUCAUUCAGAUGCUCAUCAUCCGGUUCUCGUGCCAGUGGCCUCCGUGCCCCUCUAAGAGAUGUGCAGAACACUUGUACUAACAGGUCAACUGCUGGUGCCGAUUUAAGCAAAUUUGAAUAUGUAUCAACCAAACAGAAAACUCCCUUAGCAUCUCGUAGAGGCUAAAAUGUGAAAAAUAUUUAAGCAGAAUUAUGUCCUGGUCGGGGACUUGAAUAUUUCAUUCCAGUUGCAGCAGGAACGACUGGUCAAAGACUCAUAUAAGAUGGAUUUAGGUCUGCCACCUGCAUGAUUGAUGAAUGAUGAUGCUCUUCGUAUCAUUACCUGACAUAUUGUCAUUUGUUGUUGUUGUUGUUGUAUUUUCAUAUAUAUGGACGUAAACCUGCUGUAACUGUUAUCGAGCGCGAAGGAACGAAGAUUCUUGCUUUACUUUGGCCGAAAAUUUUUAUAUACCUGAUAGGGGUAUUAUUUGUUUGGUUAUCUUGAGGAUGUAUUGUAUCUUUCGUUCUUGGAAAGGUUUUAGUUCCUCAUUGUUGAAUGCAAAGGUUGAAGGGAGCAACAGUUUUUUAGUGUCAUUUUCCUACUGAAUUGCACAAUGAGCGAGUGAGUGAGAUAAUGAAGCUGUUAGAAUUGUUGUUUUUAAUUAUUA